GGCCUAAGUCUUGUUUUAUACUAUUUUUUUUUUUUACUAUUCUAUUAAAUCCACUUUUGCAUAAGAUCAACAUGCGUUCAGUUUUAUGCAUAUCAUGUUGUGGCCGAAUCGUAUGGUAAUGUGAGGGCCGAUUUAGAUACAAAUUCCGCCCCUGAGCACCAUGACUGUGUCUCUAUUACUGAAAUUAAAAUUUGAAAUUCAUUUAUUUUGUCGAUUUAGAUGAGUGAUUAGACAGGUUUUUAAAAACAAAUUGCGUAAUGGGAUUUUUUCGUUAUUUCUUUUCAUUUUUUUUUUAUUUCAUUUGGGGCCACAAAAUUCACUUUGCAUAAAGUCUCCAGUAAUCGAAGGCCGGCCCCGAUAGACUGAUUGAUUAAUCAAUGGUUUCCAUAUAAGGAAUAAAGGAGCAAAUCCAAUAGUUUAAAAUUAGUAUCUUAAUAAUUACCGGACUUACCGGAAGCUAUAGUUUUUAAAUAACAGUGUAAACAAAUAAGAUUUCCUACCGUAUAAGCCAUAUAAGGGCAAUCUACUACACUCUCUACACUAAAGUGUGACUAGAUUAUUAGAGUCUAGAUCUAGAUCUAUAUCUAGAUAUAUUGAUCCUGUUAAGGCUAGUCCCAUAUUAUAGACUCUAUAUUUAAGAUUGCAAUCGACUUUAAUUUAAAGUCUUGAUCUAGAGAUUAGAGUUUCACUUUGAAAUGGAACACAAGGACUCUGAAGAAUCUUUUGAUCCUACACAUCUCCCAAUAUCUUAUGAUGAACCAUACGUUACUAUUCCUAAGAAUGAAGAUACUAUAUUCAAAGCAGUACGAUUCAAUGACACAAACACCAUUUUGAAGCGUCUUCGUGAGGCAUUUGACAUUAAUGACAGGCAUAAAGAAAUUCAAGGGGACGAGGUCUAUACAAUUCAACAAAACACUAGAAUGGUGCGAUCAUUGAGAUUAAAAGAAUAUACUGCACUGCACAUGGCAGUUAUCCAUGGAACUUUGGAGAUUAUUGAGAUGCUUUUAUCAAAUGGGGCUGAUAUCAAUGCUAUGGAUGCUAAUAAGUUUACGCCUCUACUGACAGCUGUGGCUGUCCAACGUCCUAAUGUUGUCCAGUUGCUCAUACAGAAAGGAGCCAACGUGAAUAAUGCUAGUGCCAGUGGAAGAACACCACUGCUGGUAGGAAUAGAAAACACUAAUUUUGUGAUUGUGCAGGCAUUGAUAACUGCAGGAGCUGAUCCAAAUUUGUCAGAUGCACAGGGGACUACACCUUUGUUUAUGUGCUUCAAGUCUAAACAGAAUGUUAACUUGGAAAUCAUAGAUGCUUUAAUACAAGGUGGGGCCCAUGUUAACCACACCAACAAACUGGGGGCUACACCUUUAAUGAUGGCAGCACAGUUAGGGGAAAUAAGAGCAGCAGAACUCCUUCUGAUUGCUGGGGCUGAUAUCAAUAAGAUGGAUGUUUUGGGUAAAAAUGCCUUACAUCUCACCUCUGGGGUCAAGAUGGCUCUGUUUCUAGUAAACAAUGGAGCCACCAGUGACUACCCUGAUAAACAUGGUUUUCGACCCAUUGACAGCGCAGUCAAAGUGGGACAUUAUGCAAGAAUACGGUUAUUUUUAGGCUCGGACUGUCAGCGCAAAUCAGACAUUCUCGACAACCCGAAGCUGUUUGAAGCCAGGAAAAAUUUUCCACCAUUUGAUCAGUGGCUGCAUGAAGAAAUCUUGGAACCAAGAAAUUUGAAGCGACUGUGCAGAGGGGUGAUCAGACAUUGCUUAUCUCCCUUCAAUACUACCAAAAUAAGUAAUCUCCCCUUGCCUGGCCUGUUGAAGGACUAUCUGCUAGUAAAACAUAUAGACUUGACUUACGAAAAUUUGAUACAAGAUAAAAGAGUCUUGAUCUAAAAAUAACAAAAUGAAAUAUUUGUUUGUUUUUCAAUGUUUGUUUUACAAAACCUGUAAUAAUAUUAUAAUUUUUUUUUUUUUUUGCUAUUUUUUUUUCUCAGUCAUAUUAUUUAAUUCAAACAAAAUCAUCCUGUUUGUAAAACAUGCUCACUUUACAAUAAAUGGGUCAAUAUAUGAGGUGUAUGCUAUUAUAACGUGUUUUUGAAGGAUAAAGCAGACAUUUCAAUUACAUGUUUUUUACAGUCAAACCUGAGAUAGUGUGUAUAAUGCUUUAUUUCUUUAGUUGUUUAAUUCAGUGUUUCCAGAAGUGGGGUAGUCCUUCCCCCAGGGGUACAGGAAGAGUUUGAAGGGGGUAUGUGUUGCACAUAGCUAACUAUGCAGAUUUAAAAAAAAAAAAUACCCAUCUAGUUUAUAAAUUAGUAUAAAAUAUAAGUUUUAAAUCCUUUUUAUUAUUUAUUUUAAGUUUUUACAAACUCAAACCUGGUGCUAUUUUACAUCUUUAAAGACUAGUUUCUACAAAGAUCAGGAAAUGAAUAGGUAUAUUACUACUUCCGAUGACACCAAACCUUUUUCAAUGUAAAAACUGUUUCCAUUUUUUAAAAGUGUAUUUGAUGUGAAGCAUGCACAAAAUAUACUCACUAAUUAAAUACUUAAUUGUGAUAGAGUAAUUAUUAUUUUGUGCAUGCAGGCCUACAAAACAAAAAUAAAAUACAUUUUUAUUGUUAUUUUAAUAAAACCUUUUUUUUUUGGGGGGUGGGGGGGGGGGGGAGGGAUGCUGAGUGUUACGAAAAUUCUAGAAGGAGCAUGCAUAGGUCAAAAGUUUGGGUAACAGUGGGUUUAAUUCAAGCAUGGAAAUCCUUAGAUUUCCCGUAGAACGUGUCCAUAAGACAAUCACUUCUUAAAUAGAGUAAUCUGAGCGCAUUUGAAAUCAUUAUUGACCUUUGAUCGUAGGCCUAAUACGAAACAAAUAUGCUUUUCUUAUAUAUUAAUUUACUAUGUUGACUUAUUAUUUUCAUGAAAAAAAUGUUUGCAGUUAUCUAUAUUAUUCUUCUGGUGAUCUACCUUACAAUGAGUUGUUAAGUGCUCUGUGAUUCAAUGAUAUUUAUUUAUUGAUAUAUGUAUACAUAUCAUUUUUAUAUUAUUGUUAUAAUAUUGUUAUAUUAUUGAUGUAAAUCACUGAAAGGACAUAAUGUUUCUUGUUCAUUUUAUUUUGAUAACUUUUAAGUUUAAUGUUUAUGCUGACAAUGACACAACCCUCAUCAGAUUGUUUUCUCAAUUCCUUUUUGUUAUUCUCAGUGCAUAUAAUGUUUAAACAACAAUACUCUCCAUUCUGUACCCUGCCAUUCAUUUGAUUUCUAGCAGGACUGCAUAGAAUAAGAGUUGUCAUUGUACCAGUAGUCUUAGGCACAGGAAAUAUGAGCAGAAUCAUUUUCUUUUAAAAUAACUUACAUUGAUGUAAUGCUGGAUUUAUAUUUACAAAUGUUUAAGCUUGGGAAAUGUUCAGUAUGAAUUUUUUGUUACUGUGUUAGAUAUGUAUAAUGGUGUAAGUUUUGCUUUCAUCUAAAAGCACUAUCAUUCGUGAUUGUCCUGUGCCCCUGUACAUCCUAUGCAAACGUUGAAAGGUUGGUAUUCAAAAUACAAAGCAGUUACAAAUGUGAAUAAUAAUUUCAUACAUUAGUUACAUUAGUAUUUAUACAAAAAUAAUACACCUCACUCAUAGUACCACUGCCACCACAAGACUAAGACAUAUUGCACUAUUAUGUAAUAAAGAUUGCUAUUUUGGAA